AUGACCAAGCUAUCCGCACCCUUGAGCAGUAUCUUGGAGCGUGACCUGUUAUCAUUUUCGAGGAAGCCUCCGGAUGCGCAGCAACCUUCCCCAAGGCAGCUGCAGAAUCCCGUCGAAUCCCGUCGCGAUCCGGACUCCGUUACACGGCCUUCAGCGGUACAAGAGCAGGUACACAGUCUUGUAGAACAAAUCAGAGAAAUCCAUAACGAUUGCCCCUUCCAUGGCUUCGACCACUGCGUGCAGGUGGUGCAAAACGCCCAUGUGAUGCUUCUCAAGAGCCAACCAUCUCUCGAAGAGCCUCUUCCGAGCUUUGCGGCUGACAAGUUGUCAAACCUCGCCCUGACCCUGGCUUGUUUUGUUCCACGAUGUGCGUCAUCCUGGAAUCGAAUCCCCAACUUCUGUCUCGCAAAGGUGGAUCCCGAGCCCAAUGAGAAAUACAAGGGGCAAGCUCUCGCCGAGCAGCACUCUUUUGAAGUGUCGUGGAAGCUCUUGAUGAACGACGAGUUCGCCGACCUUCGUACUUGCCUCUACUUGAACACACAGGAGCUGAUGAGGUUCCGUCAUCUCAUCAUCAUGAGCGUGUUGGCGACAGAUAUCUUUUCGCCUGAUCUUGUCGAAGGGCACCAGACUCGCUGGAGGAACGCGUUUGGAGCUCUCACCGCUGGUGACCAGGAGGAAGCUGAAAGACGCAAAAGCUUACCGGUAUGCUGCCAUCGAUUCUAA